AUGGAGUCAAUCACCCAAAGGGCCUCUAUACGCGUUGCCUGCUUCAUUUUGGCUUUAUGGGGAGUUUAUCUGAGCACUGCGGCGUUGCUCUUAACAGCUAUAACCCCUUCUUCCUUGCGACCGCGCUCCCGUCUUGUCUACUCAUUGAAGCGCCAACUACGCAAACGUCGUCUUCGCGAUUGGCGUUGCCGACAUCACAAGAAACGCUCUGGUGAUGCAUCCUCAGAUCAUACUCUGGUUGAGGAGGCGAUGAGCAAAGGACACGACGAACUCCUGACUCUAGCCUCCAUUCCUCGCCACGUACGAGCAGGAUCUAUACAAUCAGGAUCGUCAUUGCACACCACCUCCACCGACGACACAUUCUUCACUUCCACCAAUACUUCAUCAGAACACCUUUCUCUUCGCCAUGUAUUCACCAUGAAACGUGCCUGUUGCAGAAAGAAUUUACGAGACCGCUCUCCGCGCCGCAGUGGUCCCCUACCCCGGUCCCCUUAUUCCAGAUUCAAAUCUCUAUUCAAGCAUGACAACCCAAAGUCGUACGCAGAAGACAACAUCAAACCGCGUUCGGUUCUGUCGUUCCAGAUGUUCGACAGGUAUCCUGAGCCGACACGGGUAGUAAUGGCACGGAGCCAUAGCUUUCCUUUCUCGGACCCAAUCAAGGUCAGGUCUAAGCGACGAUGGAAAUUACUUUCUCGAGCAAUUGACUCUCGAGAUGAAUCCUGA